GCUAUUCCAUACAGCUUUAAUGUGCGAUUUAAAGUGCUUUGCUUGCUAGAAGUUAUGCAAAUUUGGUUUGCGUGGCGCUGAUGAGGCGGAGUUCGUCAACCAAAGCCAUAUCCCCAAUGCCGUACCCCUCCCCCCGAUACGCGUUGUCGCCGGGUACACCAAGAAGUGCUGUGCACGAUAAAUAGAUUCGUCAGUCUAAGCAUGACCGGGCGAAUGUUCUGCAACUCGACACUAUCGGUACGAUAGGCCCCAGAAGUGAUAGAACGUUCCCCGAGUGCGCGCUUCGAACGACGCUUCGAAAAAGACAUUUGCAGGAACAAACCUUCCAAUGCCCGCAGAGUGAAGAGUGAGCAAUUGAAGUGCAAUUGGAUUACCAGACUGUGUGUGUGUGCAGUUACUUGACUAGCGAGUAUUAAUUAUCUGAACAAUCUGGUCCGACGUCCAACGACCCCCGUGCGCCAUCGACCUAAGCUGAACCUUAAGCCAACAGCUGCGUGUGUUCCAAAGUUCCAAAGUUCUGGAAAAGCAAAAGCUCCACCAAAGCAGAACAGUGUCAACCAACUCCCCAGUAGGGCCGUCAAACGAGCAAAACAGGGUACCAACGAUGCUAUCCGACGUAGAGGAGCUGCCCUCGGUGCAGCUGGGCGACUACGUGCUCCGGUUUGAGCUGGAGGAUCUGACGCCCUUCGGCAAGGAGGUGGCCAAGAAUGAGCUGCGCGAAACGCCCGAAAUUCGUGCCGCCGCCAUCGAGGAGCUGCGCACGCUGCUCAAAGAUGUUGAAGACUUGGUAGUGCCGCUAGACAACGAUGACUGGAUGAUCCGGUUCCUGCGUCCGUGUAAAUUCUACGCCAAAAGUGCCUGUGAGCUGAUCCAGCGGUACUACCAGUUCAAGGUAAAACACUUCGACAUGUACAACGAGCUAAUGCCCUCGAAGGAGGCCAACAUCUUCAAGCAAAACAUUCUGGCCGUGUUCCCGAACCGGGAUCAGCUCGGACGGCGUGUGCUGCUGCUGGAGCUGGGCAAAACCUGGAAGCACAAGGAAGUCUCCCUGGACGAGGUGUUCAAGGGCUGCGUCCUGUUCCUUGAGGCGGCAAUGCUCGAGCCCGAAACGCAGGUGCACGGUGCGGUCGUAAUCUUCGACAUGGACGGGCUGACGCUCCAGCAGGCGUGGCAGUUUACGCCACCGUUUGCGAAGAGAAUCGUAGACUGGCUGCAGGACGCGGUGCCGCUGCGCAUCAAGGGCAUUCACAUUAUCAAUCAGCCAAAGAUCUUCAACAUGGUGUUCGCACUGUUUAAGCCGAUCUUGCGCGAGAAGCUGCGCAAUCGUAUCAUCUUCCACGGCACCGAUCGCGAGUCGCUGUACAAGCACAUCUCGAAGGAGUGUCUGCCGGCGGUCUACGGCGGUACAGUGGACGCACCCCGGGUACAGGGCGAACAGUGGUACGAGCUGCUGCUCAAGUGCGACAACGAGUACAAGGAGAUCAACAACUACGGCUACAUCAAGCAGCUGGAGGAGCAGCGCAACAAAAAGAACAAGAAGAAAUGAUGUGGGCCUCGUGGGAGCACAGGGAAGGUGAUAGGAGUUCGGCACUCUUCGGAGACCCGACGGAGACAGCCAGGUGGCGAUGUUAACUUACAAAAAGGAAAAAAGACUCUUACUUCAUCUGCGGCAAAGCGGCACGAGCGGGGUUUGUCGCCAUGUGAUUGCUUACAUAUUCCAUUAACUGCAACGAUUUACCCCACCCCUCUCCCAAGGCACUUAAGCUCUACUACUACUAAAGAACGUUCUCUACACAUUCACACCCCGUGCGGAUCCGGAUAGGAUUUUUAGGUUUAAUGCCGCUGUCGCUACACACGGAAGGGUUUCGGGAUUCACGGGAAGCACAAACACUGCACACGCGUUAGCUUAGCUAACCGGUCGCUACUACUUAGAAGUCAAAUUGGGUACAAAAAGACCAGAAUAGCGCGCUUGCACUAUCUAUCAAUUAUUUACCUAGAUAGUGAACAAAUUCUACUAAAACGAAGCAGAAGACAAAAAAGGUGUGAUACGAUCUUUCCUUUCGAAACAGGCGUGAUAGCUAUAUUUACUUUAGCAGCAGAAGAAGGGCUCAGCUUCGUUUGCUUGUACAGUUCUUUGCUGCAUCAUCAUGAGAGAGACUGUAUGCGAAGAGUAAAGUGAACGUAGGUUAAAUUAUCCCACUUUUUUUUAAAUAUUGUUAUUAAGUAUUGCGGUUAGAGCAAUGGAACAAAUAAAUAGUUUAAAAGGAA